GGUUUUACCGCUUUUAACCCGGCCGGCGGCGCGGGCGCUCCAUUCCGCCGCUCACCGCCGCCCGCGCCGGCCACUCGCUCCUAUUUGUAAUUAACAGAGUAAAUAGAUCACGAUGUACAAGUCCUUGAUUCUGCUGUGUGUUGUUUACUGUGUUGUCAUAGAGGCCCGUCCGAAAUGGCAGUUCCUUCCCCCAGUGCCCGGCUACGUGCCUGUGUACAUUCGCACCGGUGACACUCCCCUCGAGGAAAUCAACCCUGAGCUCGCCGAGGCCUUCCACGCGCUGCCGGCCGGCAGAAGCGCCGGCAAGGAACUUGAGGCUUCCCCUGAAAUGCCCGAACUUGCCGACCAACCUGACAUUCCCGAGCAGCCCGAGCAACCCAGGAAAAUUGACGACUCCCCCGUCGACCAUCGCCCUUAUGAGAAGAAGAAGUCGAAGAAAGCAAGCUCUGAGAUCGCGAAACCGAUUGAGCGUAGAUAAGCUAUAUAAGCUUUCGUAGAGUUAAGUAGUUUGUAAGAAUCGUGACUGAAAUGACUAUUUGUUUUAUAAAAGUAAGAAGUUAAAAAAUGCAUUUAGAGCGGGUUUACUUGUUUUAAUUUUUGGGCCACUUUGAAAACUACUCUUUUAUAAAACAAAUAGAUAUGACUCUUAAGCGCACACAACUGGAACCCCGGUUUGAUAAGCGGUGAUAAGCUGGGACCGCAAAACACAAAUACUCGAGAUCUUUGCAGCGUUAAUAAAAAAAGCCGUAAGCUCAUAAGAGCAUAUUAAAUAAUUGUAAUUAUUUAAAUUUAACGAUAGAUAUAUAAAAAAGAGGGCGCUAUGUACUGAAUUCUGUAUUUAAGUAUCUUUUGAAUACAUCAGUAGUUUUUAUGUUGUUGGCUUCGUCGAUCUAUGAACUCAAAACAAAAACGACCGUUUUUACUUUGGACGCAUAUAGAUUGACGAAUCCAGCAACGUAAAAACUAUUAUAAUGUAUUCAAUACAAAAUACAGUACAUAGCGGCCAACCUUUUUAAAUUUCUAUCGUUAAAUUUAAAUAAUCACAAUUAUUUACCAGUGGCGCUAGUGAACACGUUGAUUGGGCUCUUAAUAUAACUUGUGUGAUACUUAAGACUUUUUGGCUUAAAACAGCAGUAGGGAUAUGAUGGUCGUUCUUGUCUACGUGACAGCGUGAUAAAACGGUGUCCGUCACUUUCUAUCCCGCGAUGUUAAAAAGUGACAGUUAUUUUGUCACGUGGAUAAAGCUAUCCAUAAUACGCCUGCAGAUCUAUUAAACCCCAGAGUGAAGUUAGAUACGUAAGUUUUUCCUUUAUUUAUUUCCUAAGACGUACUUAAACGUGAAAAUUUUGGAUCAAAAACAACCCAUGGCUUGCCUAUUUUUUAUGUAAGUUAUUUUGUUUUUUUUUUUUUUAAUUUUGAAGAAAUAAAGUUAUUUAUUUUAA